GGCUGCCGCCGCCCCCGCCCUGCCGCCGAGCCGCGCCGCGGGGCUCCCCCCCCCCCCCCCCUCCUCCGGACGAGGCGUUUAACGUGCCCAGGCGUGAAGUAUGGCAUGCAAAGAUGGUUUCUGCCAAGGAGCCAGCCAUCGCCAUGUCCUCGGGGCUCUCCAUCGCCCUCCUGCACUGCCUCUGCCUGGCGACGUGUCUCACCGGGCCGCCAGGGCAGAGCAGAAAAGAGGAGAAAUUGUGGCCGGAGAAUUUUACAAGCAUCCUGAACAGCCUGCUGGACGGUUAUGACAACAGGCUGCGCCCCGGAUUUGGGGGUCCUGUUACUGAAGUCAAAACAGAUAUAUAUGUCACCAGUUUUGGACCUGUUUCUGAUGUAGAAAUGGAAUAUACAAUGGAUGUCUUCUUCCGUCAGACAUGGGUAGACAAAAGACUAAAAUAUGAUGGCCCUAUUGAAAUUUUGAGACUUAACAACUUGAUGGUUUCAAAGGUGUGGACACCUGACACUUUCUUCAGGAAUGGGAAAAAGUCUGUUGCACACAAUAUGACAGCCCCAAAUAAACUCUUCAGAAUAAUGAGAAAUGGCACCAUCCUGUACACAAUGAGGCUUACAAUAAGUGCAGAGUGUCCCAUGAGAUUAGUGGAUUUUCCCAUGGACGGUCAUGCUUGUCCUCUCAAAUUUGGCAGUUAUGCAUAUCCAAAGAGUGAAAUGAUUUACACAUGGACAAAAGGACCUGAGAAGUCAGUGGAAGUUCCUGAAGAGUCUUCCAGUUUAGUUCAGUAUGACCUGCUUGGGCAUACUGUAUCUUCUGAAACCAUUAAAUCUAUUACAGGUGAAUAUGUUGUUAUGACAGUUUACUUCCACCUCAGACGAAAAAUGGGUUAUUUUAUGAUUCAAACAUAUAUCCCAUGCAUUAUGACCGUGAUCCUUUCUCAAGUUUCAUUUUGGAUAAAUAAGGAAUCUGUUCCGGCUAGAACUGUGUUUGGAAUAACGACAGUGUUGACAAUGACUACACUGAGCAUCAGUGCAAGACAUUCAUUGCCAAAAGUAUCCUAUGCUACUGCCAUGGACUGGUUCAUAGCGGUUUGCUUUGCCUUUGUGUUCUCUGCUCUUAUUGAGUUUGCUGCUGUCAACUAUUUUACUAAUAUUCAAAUGGAAAAAGCCGAAAGGAAGACAGUAAAAUCCCUCCUUGAAUUUCCGGCUGCUCCAGUACAGAAAGAAAAAAGUACGGAAGAGACACUCAUGAGUACAGAUGCCAAUUCAAACGUGAGGAAAAGAACGAAUGCCACAGUACAGUCUGAAGCUGAUGGUGGAAACCGAAUUGAUACAAGACACAGUUCUGUUCAGCCUCCCUCUGUAUCUCAGGGGUCUUCUGACAUUACACCCCACUCCCUUUCUGCAUCAAGUCCAAACCCUUUCACACGCAUCAGUGCAUCAGAGACGUUAUCUUCAGCAAGAGCUACCCCUCCAGCUCCUCCUUCUACCCCAAUUUUAACUGGAUUUGUAUCCCAGCAUGCCACAGCUGGAUCCCCCUCCAUUCAGCGCUUGCUUGGAUCCAGACUGGAACAGAUUCAGACCACCACACCUAACACGUUAGGAGCAUCUGCAAAGCCAUCUGCUAUCACACCGCCUGCUCCCCCUGCCUCCCACUCUGGCACUAGUAAGAUAGACAAAUAUGCACGCAUUCUAUUUCCUGUUACGUUUGGAGCAUUUAACAUGGUCUACUGGGUGGUGUAUCUAUCCAAGGACACCAUGGAAAAAUCAGAAAGUCUAAUGUAGUUUUGCUGCUAUGUAGUAGUUUCUAAAUUAUACUCACAUUUGAUGCAGAGUUUCUUCUUUUGAAACUGUUUAAAGAGGUCAAUAAUUCUUAUUUAUAAAAGCUGUGUGCUACUUUCCUAUUGUAAAGGCUGGAGUUAUUGGGGAUAAUUAGUUAACUCCUACCAGAGUAAUGGGUAACAGAAUUGUCUUCCUCCCUUCAGCUAGCAGCGAACCAUCACUCUCUACAGACAGACUACUCUGGCUACACAGAACUUGCCUUUGGGAGGAGCAUGCACAGGAAACAAAUCAAAGGCAGAGGUGCACAGCUGUGCAGUGGAACACACCUUGACUGCUAGGAAUGUGCACGAUGAUUAUUACAAAUCGCUGAGGCACCCAGCGUUGCUGUCUGGACACCGCAUUGCAUUCUCUGAGUGCAAGGCCUGUGCCCUAAAUACUUUGACAGUAUUUGCUGGGAAGGGAUUUUCGCUGCUAGAUGGAAAUUGGCAGGAUGGGGGAGUGGAACGAGCAGUACAAGAAAGUAGAGUCCAGCCUGGGAGAAUGUGACUCCAGCAAAGUUAUGCAAAGGAGAGCUCCAUAUAUUUUUACUGACCAUUAUUUUUCAUUGCAGCCUAGGAAAUUCUCACUCCAAAAUAAGGAGUGAACCUUGCAAAAUCUGAUAUCUGAUGCAACUCUUGAAACUGGAGCUUUUUGUUUGGUAAAAUCCUAAGUGUGAUUCUUCUUUUGACCUUGCUGAGCAGCUUGAGUGGAUUUACUCCUAAGGUACAUCUCUUAUGGGAGGGGGACCAGGCCCACAUUAUUCAACCUUUUGCUUGAAUUUUUUGUUCUUCCAUUUUUGGAUGGUUUGUUUUUUUUUUUUCCUUCAUAUUUUUUAGUCAUACUUCUCUAGUUUUCUUCAGACACCUACUUUUCUCCCCUCUUUUAUAUAAUGUUUGAAUCAUGUUAAAUUUUGCAAGUUUUACAGGUGGCUUCAAAAUUAAGUAAAACAGAUUUCCCUGCUCUUUGAGCAGUAUGGUUAUGGCACAUCUUUGAGUGAAGGAAAGAUACUCUCUUGUGAAGGAGUUAUAAGACAUAAAUAGAAAAGAAUGUUCCUAGAUAGAGCAGGGGCUUACAUGAGGCAUAUUUAUGAUCUGUUGCUUUCUUUUAGGCUAUUGCAUAGAUGGGGGCUUUUCUAAAUGGCUCAACUUGCAUUAUGCAAACAGACAAUUACCUGUCUGUAUUAAAAAAGUGAACAGUUUAAACCCACUAGAAAUCUUGAUCUUUUCACCAGAAUGGGUGGAAGAUAUGCUGGCAAUAAAUCUAAAAAUGUUUGCACAGAUGUGUCUGGCUAGCAAAUGGCUGACAUUUCUGUGCAGGUGAUAAUUAAAAAUCAAAGGCCAAAUUCUCAGCUGUGAUCUGGUUGUGCCUCUAAAGGGUCUGGAAGCAACUGAAUUCCGUUAGACAGAAUAAUCUAUAGUUUGAAUAUAUUGGUGUUUCAGAUUUACGUGUUGGUCACAGUUAAAGAUUUGUGCUGGGGGGUAGGUAAGGUGAGUGUUGUGUGAUUGAUUCUGUGCCCAAGUAAUGAUCAAAUUAUCGAGAGUGGUGGAGACCGCAAGGAGACGGGGUAAUUGAGGAUGUGCAUAGGACUGCUGUAGACCAUGCUGGGACAAGCAUAGUCCCAGCAUUCUGGGUGUAAAAAGACCCCAGAAUGUUAAAACUGGAACUGCAUUCUCUGUGCCUCUUUGGGUCUAUCCAAACCCUGUAGGUAUUUCACAGCUGAGAAUCUGACCUUCUAAAUUAAAGGAGCUGGGAGUCUACAAGAAAUGUGUAAUGAAGCAUGUAGUGUCUCAAAUGACUUUAUUAUGAUCUAGUGGGUUGUUCUUUGUUGUUCUUUUGUUUUUGUUUUUUUUUACUUCACUGGCAUUGUCAGGAUACGAUGUAUGGUCCUUUACUCUUUGCCUCUUACAUUUAGCAGAAGCCUGAAAUUACCACACUCCUUAAAGUCGUGAUACCUGCCAUAGCACAGAACUGCAAACGCCGCACCCAUGCAAGUUGUUUGUCUGCAUUAAUUUGCAUCUUCGGAUGUGUCUCUAGGAGUUGUAACUGUAGCCAUAUUUAUUGUAUGGCUUUCUGUGUAUUGGGAAACUAGUGUUUCCUCCAGAAGCUCCUGAAAUUAUUCUUUCUUUUCUUCCCUCUCUGAUGAAAAACAAGGAUGUUGCGUCUUGGGUAGAACUUCAAAUGAUUCACCAGAAACAGCUGUCUCUUCCUUUUCAUCCCCUUACUGCUUGUAUAAUCAGCUUUUUCAGUGCAUUGUUCAGCAGGAUCAACACUGGUUCAGGCUGUUUGGCCAAGAUUGAUCUGAAUGCACUGCUUGGAUUCAUUUGUGGUUCCUAUUUUGUUUUAGAGACUUACAAGGAGGGACAAACGGUUGCAAAAAUUAAUAAAAUCACAAAUAUUUAUUUCUAUGCUUCCAUUUUGGAAGAAUUUUUUAAUGGCAUAUAUGGAAUAUGUGUGUUUUUAAUCUGUCAUUAUAUUUCUAAAGUUCCUUCCAACAUUUGCAUGCUUGCAUUCAAAAUGAGAUAUUAAAAAAAUCUCAUUAUGAGUCUAGGACUAAUUUAUUGUACUGUGCUACUUUUUUGUGUUACAGUAUAUGAAGAAAUUACCAUAACUAGCUUUCCAAAGUACAUAAGGGCAAUGUAAAUAGGAGAUUAUUGUUAACUGUGGUUUUUCAUUAUAAUUAAUCUCCUUGUAGAGUGAUCAGGGACAGUAAAUAGCCUGCAGUAUAAUCAGUAAUACUGGCAGGCUCUGAAUACUAUGUAAUUCAGAAGCAUAAACAAAAGCAGGAGUAGGCUAAAUAUAGUGGGCCAAGUGUUCAACACAGGUAACCAGAAUUCUAGUGGAGAAUGCUGCAGGUGUCAUCUCAGUAACCAGGGAUGAUUUUGAGUGAGAUGAACUUUACAGGGACUAUUUUUUUUUCUCUGUUGGUUUUGUUGAACAAUCUUUUUUUGAUGAUACCAUAGUGAUUCAAAACUAACCAAUCAUUCCAGACAAUUAUCUUUUUAAAACAGGAGAGGAAACUGGAUAAAAGAAAACCUUACUAGGAAAUACAGACAAAUUUCCACUAACUGCUGUUUCCUCGGAGACAUUGUUACUAGUAGCAAAACUCCUACUGUUUCCAGUGUUGCAGCCCCAACCACUAAUGCAGUCGUUUGAGAAAACUGGUUGAAAACUCAGUCCAAGAAGAUUGCCUUCACAGUAAUUGUAGUGUAUUUUCUAGUCAACUAUGAGCAGAGUCAAAUUUCUAUCAGCCCAUUAGUUUUCACUGAUAUUUUUAAAAUAAUUAAGUUGAGCAAAGAGGCCGUCUAAGACCCCCAGCCCUCUGCGGUGACUUGAGUUGGCCAAACAGAAGUGGAGUCUGUUUCUCCACCUAUAAAAUGGGCUGGUCUCCGUUGUACGGGUAUCAGUAGUGCAUUUCUGAGGUGCUCUGGAUUCCUUCUCCCGAAUGUUUUUUCAGGAAAAAAAGUACAUUUUGUAAACUGUUGUUAAGUUUUCUUUGAUUCCGCAUUACCCUGAAAUCAGGCAAGUAGGCCAUAUGAUAACUAAAGGAAAUGGCAAAUAAUUUAACAAGGAAUGUGAGCAGAGCUUUUCUGUUCACAGGAACUAAACGUUACUGCUUACAAAGAGUUCUAGCAUAGCCUUCAGUAUCUCAUCAUUUUCAAGUGAUGAAAACUGCAGAAAUAUGUGGCAAUGAGUUUGUUUCAGGUCAGCGGGUGGGGGAAUUAGGGGGAAUGGGAAGUACUUCUCCUAAAAGAUCUUUGCUCACUUAUACACUAACAAGCAGAAAGGAAUGUGACACAAAGUUGGAGCAAACUAUAUGAAUAAAACUUCUUACUUAGUGAAAAACAAAAGGGUAGUGACCUUAAGUGUGUAGUUACAAAAAAAAAAAAAAAAAUGCUAAGAGAGAAAAUCUAGAUAAGAAAAAACUAAUUAAGUAGCAAUAGAAUGUUUCUUUCUGAAACAUAUUUUUUAUUUUUUUCAAGAUUGAUAUUUCUUUUACUGUGUGAUUCCACGGUAAGUUAUUUCUGUUUAUACUCGUGCAAGGACCUAUACUGAAAUCCAGUGAAAUCAAUAUGGUUCUUUUUGUUGACUCCCAUGCACUUUAGGCAGGUUAACUGAAAGGAAAAUCAGGCCUACUGGUUCUCCCUGCAGGAAAAGUACACCAUUUUGGAACAGUGUGGUAAGAAUUAAUAUGUACAGUCUUCAUUUGUAGGUCUCUGCUAAGAAUCAGGGUGAAGAUUAUUUGGAGAAUAUGAAUGUGGUGUGCAGUUUCAGUGCAUUCUAUAUAAAUCAGACUCUGAAAGUUAUUUCUUGUCGUGUUCCAAGUAAAUGUUAGUAGUGUGAGGUACAGAGCACUCUUUAAAAACAACAAAAAAACAAAUAAAAUCUCUCUUUAGUAAUACUAUUUACUGUGUUCUCAGCUUGAGGGAAUGAAGAAUGCAGUUAUUGUAAAAUUGGUAGAAUGUGUAAAACUUUGUUUUCACAUGAAUUAAAAAUGUAGUAGGUAUUCUAUUCAGAAUUGGUUAGUUUUGCAUUAUAGUACAUAACUUAGUGCAUCUAAAGAUAUCUCUUGGACUUUUGUAUCCUUUUUAUAUUAUUCCGCUUGAAAGAGCUUCAAAGCAAAGCAAUUAGUAUCUGCUGCAGCUCACAACAAUUUUUGAUUGAAAUUGUAUUUUCUUGAGAGAGAAACCAAAAGCUGUAUGGCUUCUUUAAAGUAAAAUAUUUUUAAAAGGCAUAGAGACUCCCUUUUUGUAAAUGUAACAGUAGAAAAAACAUCCAAACUCCAGUCAAUUAUUGAAUAAUCCUCUAAUAAUAGUAUAAUUUUUAGUGGUUAAAAUAUUAAUUUGAUCAUAGCCUGGAUACAUACGUACGUAUGUAUAUUAAAACGUUCCAAGAAAAUGAAUUCUCUGAAUAUCAAGGGAGGCAGGCUCAAGAUGCACUUACAAGCACUGCUGUUUAGAAAGAGUACCUUGAAGCACUAUUUGAGGUAGGUGUUUAUUAUUAUCUUGAUAGCUCCAUUCUUAGCAAGAAAACGAACGUGAGUUAAAAAUAUUGUACUAAUAAACUAACCCUCAACUAGUACAGAGAUCUAGGUUAUUUCUUGCUGUUGGUCUCACUGUUGUUGAUCUACUUCAAUGUGUCCUGUGUGUUUUAGUGAAUGUUGUAUCCAUGUUGAAGCAAAUGCUGUGAAUUGCCAUAGCAUUCUGCAGAUGAUCUGGUGGAAUAAAGAAGCAUUUAAUAAAUAAUUGUUAUUAUUUAUGAAUAUGUUUUCCUCCUUGGAAAAAGCUUAACUGGAGAUCUGUAAAAGAAGGAAUUGACUAUCUGAAACACUCAGCUGGACUUCCGAGCUCAGUGCAUUGCAAAAUUAAAUUGUGUACUGCUUUGUCUUGCCUUCUCAUCUUGUGCUGGUGGCUCCUCUUAAUGGUAAGUGAACAUGCACAAAUAUGGAGGACUGAGAAAUCAGAACAUGUACUAGUAUUUCUUUAGAGUGUUUUCAAAAUAUGAGAUAGUUUGAUUGAACCUCAUUAUUACACAGUAACAUUGUAGUCUUUUUAGUGCUGCAGGCUUUAAAGUCUCUCAUUCUGUGGGUUUACCAUGUUCUCAAGUGAAUCAUAACAUACUUCAAAGAAAUAAUUUUAUAUUUAUAUGCAUUUCUUUAUUUUUAUAUUGACUUGUGGCAACAUCCUCUGGUAGCAGACAAAUGGUUGAGAUCUGAGGCAUGUCAGAUACCUUCAUAAAAGCAUUCUGGUUAUCAUUUUGUUACAUAGGGUAUGCAUGCCUUUCACAUGUUCUAGGUGCUACAAUGCUGGUAGCAUGGACAUAGUGGAAAAUGGGUCCACUUGUGCAAAGUCCUAGUCUCGGGUAGUUGAGCCAUUAUGAAUAGCAAGAAUCAGCAUAACUGUUCGAGCAGGUUUCUGGAUUGGAGCUGGCUUAUAUCCUGCCUCCUUGAAGCAGUCUGUAGCAGACCGUGUAGACAGACUUACAGCUUUUUAGGACCAUAAUUACUCUGAGAGAUCCGUACUGGUGCUGAAUGUAAUGCUCUCACCCUCUUCCUUGCUUUCUCUUUUGUGUGUGGGGAAGUAUUUGUGUGGUUAUGGUGAGCUGCCUGGAAUAACUUGUCUAGCUAAAAAGCAAGUCUGUCUUUUUUCUUUUGGCUGGGUUAGUAUUCAGCUGGAUCAGUUCUCUGAUCUGGCUUACUGUGCAGCUAGUGAUGGUACAGAGGAGGUGGUGAGGGGGCUGGGAUUACUGUUCUGGGCUGGAUUAAAGUUCCUGUGGACACCCUUUGUACUCUAUGCUGCCUCCACUAGCAUUAAAACAGUGGCUCUCACAGGCUUUCUCAAACCUCAGGUGUCCUCUGUAGUAAUUUUUCCCCACAAAGGUGAUUUUCUGAAUUACAUUAAUGGCAAAGCAAAUAAUGGACAAAAAACAGAAGCAGGCCAGAAUUUAUGACAGAGCUUAGAAUCACAGAAUCAGUAAGGUUGGAAGGGACCUCUGGAGAUCUAGUCCAACCUCCCCGCUGAGCAGGGUCACCUAGAGCAUGUUAGACAGCUUAAGUCAAUCAAGUUAUUUGGAGAUGGAGAAAAGGAAGAGGAGGGGAAAACAUGAGUAAGGAUGAAAAAUUUAGUUUCUUGCUUCCAAGCAGUUAUUUUAAGAUAUGUUCUAUUAGAGGUACUAGAACAGCAUCUGGCAGGAAACAGCAUAGAAAUAAUAUUUUUAAUUAUUAUAAAUAUAUUGAGAAAGUAAUAAAGAAAAUAAGUUGCUAAUGCACUCUUAGAAACAUUUAUGUUCCAUUAAACUUGUUUUCAUUGAAGAGGGUAUUUUUGUAUCAGCCAGGAAGAAUUAAGAGACAGAAUAGAUAAGGGAAAAAAUUUGUUUUAUUCAGUAUUACUAUUUUCCUCUGUUUUAAAGCAUUUCUUAGCCAAAGAUGUAAACAGUGUCAUUUUUAAGCUUUCUGGGACUCCAUAUGUUUCAUUUUCAGUAAUGAAGCACAGUGGAAUUUUUAUCACUUAACUUGGUUUCUGUUUAAGAGACUGAAUACAGAACUUCUAUCACUUAACUUGGUUUCUGUUUAAGAGACUGAAUACAGGGAUUCCUGCCUCCAAUUUAACUCAGUUAAGUAGGAGAAGGGUUUAAAAAAAUCAUUUCAGUAACAGAGACAGUUUUGGGAAAUAUCACACCUUCCUACUAAAUCUGAAGACUUCAUUCUUGUGUUUGAGUGCUCUUUACUGCUGAGCGCUUCUGAUAAUCUAAUCAGUGCGAUAUAGAACAGCUUGUGGGCUGUGGCUACAUUUUAAGCAGAUGUUUUUGAAAAUGGAAAUCCACAAGUGGCUGAACCUUGGCACUUGCACAGUGUGGUCAGUGUGCUGAGCUGAAAGCAGAUUCUAUAAAAGGAAAAGAUGAGUUUUUAACCAACUAUAUGGCUGCAUGAGUGCUGUCAGCGUUGCUGAGGUGGGAGAAGGUAGGAAUCCAUGGUCAGGGACAGAGGGGAAGGAGCAGAGUGAGACUGCCUCUUUCAGAGAUGCUGCAGAGCUUACACUGGCUUAAGCCACUUAGGAAAAUGCACCUUAAACUCCUUUCCAAGUAGGUAGCUUACGCACGGCAGCAUGUAGCUGCUACAAUGUGAAAUUCAACACCCACUGCAAAUCCCAUCUGAGGAUCAGCACAGUUAAUCUGCCCUAAGGUUUCUGAUGCUGUGACUAGAGAACUAGAAGGAUUGAGCUGGCUUAGUUAUUGCCAGCUGGGGUACAUCCGUGAUGUAAUGCAUCCAAACUGUACUGUGGUGCAUCAGGGCCCUCAGAAUACUAGUGGUGGGAUAAGAAAUGCUCUGGAGUCCCGGAGUCCAAAAUAGGACAGACUGAAGCUGAAGAAAACUAUUCGUUUGGGUCAGCACUGCUGAUACCCACUGUAACAGCACUGAGUAUCUCAAAGGAGGCAUGUGCAAGGAGAAGACAAGACAGCAAUGUACCUUGAUCCACAUCUGCUGGAUGUUGUGAUGUGAGCCAUGGUAGGAGGAGCAAGUAUAUGUAUAGUAAUUAAACAGAAUCUGCUUAGUGCUGCUGCUUGGUAUAUAUCUGCAGACUCUGUGGUGAUUUUCCUGAUCCUGCUGUGGGAAAAUGUGUCCAGCCAUACAGACUGCACUUAGAGGACAUGCCAGCAGUUCACGGGCUUUCCUAGGUGCAGAAUUUUUUGUUGGUAUAGCUUUUCUUUACAACUUCUCCUAUACCUAAAACAUAGUAAAAGGGAUUUUCUCUUUGACUCUUAUUUCUCUAUUCUGUUGUGUAUUUGUGAGGAAAACAUCAAGAUGACAUUUUCUUCCUGCUUUCAUUAAACAAAGAGGUUUCCUCACAUGUAUACAUGGAAAUCACAAGUUCUGCUGCAAAUUUUGGGAAGGUAGAAACUUCCCAGAGUGCUUUCAAGAGAGUUUCAAAGAUGAUUCUAUUAAAAAGACAGUUUUUAUUUUCACAUAAAAUGUCACAUUUGGAGGGUAUUUAGUUGCUAAUUUUUAAAUGUACUGUAGUUUAUCAAAGUAUUUUUUCUAUGCUGAAAAUGUGAAUUUUAUUUUUAUCCAUUUCACUUAAGAAGGUGAGACACUGUGAAUAUCCUUUUUUUUUGUUUUGUAUCUUGAUCUGAAAGCUGCUUAGUAUCAGCAUGGUGGGAAAGGUCCUUAGCCUUGUGAUAUUCAGUGGCUGUUCCACAAAUAUAUCGAUUUUAUUUUUCUCUUUGGAGAAUGUAAAGAGCAUAUGUAAACAGAAGACGAGCAAAUUUUGUAGAGAUCUGGAAAGAUUAUUUCUCACUUUCUCUCUAGAGAUAAUAUACAUAACUAUAUUGCAAUUGGAUAAUAGAAAAUAUGUGAAUAAAGGAAAAGUCCUUCUCUGUCUGAUCUACAUGCUGUCAGUUGUUCUUAUUAAUAAGUUAGUUAACAUGUUGCCUAUCCACUUAAAAGUUUUUCCCUCUGCUGUAUUCUAGGGGAAGUGCAGGAGGCAAUGUAUUCACAGUCUAGGCGAAAACCUUCCCUUCAGCUCAUCAGUCCAGUCAGGAGCACACGCAGUCAGUUCCCCGUGUUUCCCUGCCUUGCUGAGUCAGGAAUGUGGUCAAAUACAUCUAAAUUUAGUCCUGGUAAGGGACAGCCCGGGAAGGUAUCCCUGUUCUAGAAAAGAACAGCUGAACCUGGGGACCAGUGAGCAUUUUACUGAGGUAAGACAUGAGAGCUGAAUUAGGCUGAAGAGCUGCUCAUGAGCUGUUCAAAAAACCCUAAGUGCACCAUCUUCAAAACCACGCUCCAGCAUAGCCUGCUCCUUUUGCACUGCUUUGGUGCGCCCUGGCCGGUCCCUCGCCUUGCGCCUUGCCUUAGGGUUGGUGCGGCGCGGGUGCCGCGGCUCGACGCCCCCGCCAGACCUCAGCUGUGGGCUCUGCUUCCCCCAUGCAGAGCCCCGCGCAGGGCGUCCCAGGGCCUUCUGGCCAUCACGGAAGUGAUGGCUCUGCAGUAACCUGUGUGCGUUUAAAGGUUUAGCUUUCAAUAAAGGUAGUGACAUAAAGCACUUUAGAUGUUUGAAGUACAAGUCAGUUGUAGAGUGGACGCAGGAUUUUCUGGCUUCUUUUGGUUUUUAGUCUGCUGGAUUAUCUAGCCAAUUUUACUGAAUUGGCAGUGAGCCACUCUAUCCCUCUCCCUGCUGAUAAACUGUGUGAAAUACUGAUUAGAAAUGAAGAUACUUCUUCGGCACCUUAAGAUUUUCACUGUGGCAGUAUCAGUAAUCACUCUCCUAGGCUUGCACCUGUAAAAAUAAAACAGUACUGUGAAUGAUAGGUGCGGGUAUUAUUGGCCCGCACAUGCUUUGUGCUACUGUGGCAAUUGAUAUACCUGAUAUACCUGAAAAAAUGUUUCAUCACUAGCAAAUAUAUGAACAGCAAAAGUGUAUUAAAAACUUGGUUGAAAGCACAGUAUUUGCUUGAUGGUAAUAAAUAAAAGAGCUAUAUAGUAGUUUCCCAGGUAUAUGAUAUAAUUCCUAUGUUGUUCCCCACUUUUAUGCACUUCCCUUGCACUUUACCAGUGACUUGCAUCUCCUACUAGUUCUGAUAUUCCUAAUUGCUGAGGUGCUUCUGUGAGCUGUUAAAAUAAAUUCACCUAACAAAUAACGUGGAACCUCCACUCUCUCCCAUUCUCAAAUCAGAGUGGUCAGAGAGGCAGCCUGAGAGACACAUUUUGAAUUAGCCACUGGCAUAGAAAUAAGUAAUAGCUGUACCAAGCUAGGAGGGUGAUUUCUACUUGAUGUACAGCAGCUGUUUGUAGCUGUGUAAUUUUUAAGUGGAAAAAAGUAAAAACCUAAUAUUUACUGAUAUUUUAAUGAGCUGUGAGCUUUUCUUUUCCUGUGAAGCCCUGUUCAUUGCAACCAAAGCAUUUAGAUUUAAGCUUAGACCAUUGUAAGAAACACUCCCAGUGAAAAAUAUGAAGCAUUUUGAAGUAGUUUUGUUAUUUAUAAAAGCUGUGGCAUGCAGAAAAUAUGCACUAAUACAGCAUAGUAGAAGUGCUUCUUUAACACUCUUUCUGGAAAGACCUAAAUCCCCAACUUUUCUUUCAAGAAUUUACUAAUUCUGCAAUAUGUCACUGUCCUAGAUGCAUGUUGCAAGAGUCUCUGUGCCAUGCCAAAUUCUGACAUAUAUCCCAUUGUAUUAACUCAUGCAUGAGGAAAAACUGGAAGGAAAUCAAAGCAAGGGAAGCCUUGGAGUUGAAUUCUUUUACACGAUUCUUCGUGCACAGUUUUGUUGGAAUGGAACAAUAUGGCUGGAAGAUUGGAAGGAUCAGAGGUUAACUAAGUUUUUUGAACACAUGUUCAAUGCUGGUCACUUGGUUGUACUAAAAAACUUAAAGGGUGGUUUGAUAGCUGUCAAGUUGUUUUGCUAUUGUGCAGCUUAAUUGUUACCUUCCUGUAUUAUGAACAUCUCUGUAUUUGGAAAAUAAAACCAUCUUGCAAGAAAGAUUGUGCAAAAAUUGUUCCUAUUAUACUCCAGUGUAUAUUGCUGAUGUUAAAUAAAAUACAGUUGUGAGAGUUCUUAAA